GCUGCCGCACUGCUCGCCGCUCGCCCCGUGGCGGGCGCGGCCCGCGCAGGCAGCGGCGGCGGCGCGGCGCUGUGGAGCGCUCCGGAGGCGUGGCGGGCCUUCAAGGACGACCCGGCGGGCCUGGCCACCACCGCGUGGGCGCUGGCUCGGCGCAGCGUGCGGGACCAGCCGCUGCUCGCGAGGGUUGCGGCGGGCUCCCUUGCGCGCAUCGCGGAGUUCCAGCCGCGGCACUUGUCGAUCACGGCUUGGUCCUUCGCGCGCCUGAGCGUGGCGGACGGCCCGCUGCUGGCGGCGAUCUCGCAGGCCGCGCUCGGCAGCCUGGAGGCCUUCAAGCCGCGUGACCUGGCGCACUUCAUGUGGUCUUUCGCCCGGCUGGAGGUGGUUCACGAGCCUUUAAGGGACGCCAUUGCCUGA